AUCUCCCCUAAGUCCCCCUUCCUCGUCUGCUUCUAACUGGGCGACGUGCGUCUGUGCUCCUGUAGAACGGAUGGAAAAAGGGAAACGUCGUGAAUCUUUUGCGUGCUUAACGACUUAAUCUUGCGCUCGUCCUUUUCGAUUCACCUCAUAUUUUGUCGAAACCCUCGAUCAAUUCCUGAUUUUUCUUCUCUUUGUAUGAGCUCGGUGCUCGCUCGCUCGCUCGCUCUGACUGGGCUAAAUAUUUCUUGACGAGAUUCCCCUGCCUUUUCUUUCCGAGAAAGUUCUUCACGGCCCUCAUGGCCGCUGUGCUCAAAUGCAAGCCCUCCAAGGAAACAGCGACCUUCGCAGCCUCUCAAUUUCGCUGCUUUGUGUUCAACAAUCAGAUGCACGCGGGUCGCGUGCCCAAUUCUCACCGCUCUAGCCAUUCCAAUUGGGAUAGGUUCUUUGCGAACACCCCGUACCACUUUACUUCUUUCAAGCCCGUGACGCUUCGCGGCGAUUUCGUCGAGCAGGGUACUCAGUUCUUGAGUGAUCGGAGGAUUAACUCGAUUGUUAGUAGCAAGAAGGGUACCGUAGCAUGUGAUGAGAGGAAAAUACUAGAUAAUUGUCGUGGGGAUUGUGAUGGGACUAGAAGUUGGACUGAGAAAUUUAACAUGGCGAGUUCCAAUGGAGAGCCGCCGGACGUGUGGCAGCCUCCUGGGGGCGGAGUUACGAUGAGGCUUGGGAAUUCAGGGUACGUCGUUACGAGAGGAGGUGGGUUAGGUUCGGAAAGCGAUUCACCCAAGGAUGAGUCUUGGGGUGGCUCAAAUUGGGGGAGCAAUUUUCCCACUCCAAAGGAGAUUUGCAAGGGGCUUGACAAGUUUGUGAUUGGACAAGAGAGAGCAAAGAAGGUGCUCUCCGUUGCAGUCUACAAUCACUACAAAAGGAUAUUUCAUGAGUCUGUGAAGAGGCCUGCUGGAGAUUCAGAGGAUGGAAGACCAGAGUCAACUGAUGAUGACUCGGUUGAACUUGAAAAAAGUAAUAUCCUUCUCAUGGGGCCGACAGGCUCAGGGAAGACAUUACUAGCCAAAACUUUAGCACGAUUUGUGAAUGUUCCCUUCGUUAUAGCAGAUGCAACUACAUUGACUCAGGCUGGAUAUGUAGGGGAAGAUGUGGAGUCUAUAUUGCAUAAGCUUCUUACGGCUGCCGAUUAUAAUGUGGCAGCUGCACAGCAGGGCAUUGUUUACAUUGAUGAGGUUGACAAGAUCACCAAAAAGGCUGAGAGUGUCAACAUAAGUAGAGAUGUAUCUGGGGAAGGUGUCCAGCAGGCUUUGCUUAAAAUGCUUGAGGGGACUGUUGUAAAUGUUCCAGAGAAGGGAGCUCGUAAGCAUCCUAGAGGUGACAAUAUUCAAAUUGACACCAAGGACAUCCUCUUCAUCUGUGGUGGUGCCUUUGUUGACCUAGAGAAGACAAUCUCAGAGAGGCGUCAAGAUUCGUCGAUUGGAUUUGGUGCUCCAGUACGUGCAAACAUGCGAGCUUCCAAUCUUACAAAUGCGGCCGUGGCAUCUUCUUUAUUGGAGACUGUUGAGAGUAGUGAUCUUAUUUCAUAUGGUCUGAUACCUGAGUUUGUUGGACGGUUUCCAAUCCUUGUCAGUUUGUCAGCUUUAAGUGAAAACCAACUUGUUGAGGUUCUAACGGAGCCAAAAAAUGCGUUGGGAAAGCAGUACCGGAAGAUGUUCCAAAUGAAUGACGUGAAGCUGCACUAUACUGAUAAUGCUUUGAGAUUAAUUGCUCGAAAAGCGAUUGCCAAAAAUACUGGAGCUCGAGGACUAAGAUCCAUACUGGAGAAUAUUCUGAUGGAAGCGAUGUAUGAGAUUCCGGAUGUAAGAACAGGGGAAGACAUAAUUGAUGCAGUCGUAGUUGACGAAGAGGCGGUUGGGAUCCAGGGACGAGGGCGUGGGGCGAAAAUCCUCUAUGGCAAAGGUGCUUUUGACCAAUAUCUUUCCCAAAAGAAAGUAAAGGAUCAAGAGGCGAGCAUCGAAAGUUCUGAUGGGGAACCGGAGGUGGAAGCCGAGAUUCCUAAAAUUGUUGCCAGCAUGUAAUCCGUUUGGUUCAAUCUUAUUGUAAUUCUACCGGUGUACAUAACAAGCUCAUAUUUAUUGAACUAGUUAGCGUAUGCGUAACAUUAUAAUCCUCCUCGGAAAUUGCAUUAUCUU